CACUCAGGAGCUGAGGGGGGAACCGGGGCCGGGCCGGUUCCCCCGGCGGGGCCCCGCCCUCCCCGGGAGCCUCCCCGCCGGUCCGGGCUGCCCCGUCCGGUCCCGGUGUAGCUGCCCAGAUGUGUCCCGGCACGCGGUGCUCCGGUGGCAGGGCUGGCCUUUGGGGGAGCCACGGGUUCGAGCACACCGGGAUGACCCCCGGCUCAUGGCUGGCUUCCACCGGGAGCUCCGAUUUGUAUAAAUAUAAAUUAUAUGUGUUAUAUAUGUAUAAAUAUUUGUGUGUAUUUUUGGAGUUAUCCUGUGCCAGGCCAGGAGUUUGAUGAUCCUAAUAAGUCCUAUACAACUCAGUAAAUAUAUAUGUAUAUAUCUAUCUAUAUAUAUUUUUAUAUAUGGUGUCUAUAUAAAUAUCUGCUGCUGGGACUGGAACACUCCCUGAUUCCCAGAGCAUUCCCAGUGAGGAGGAGCUGCCCAUGAGCUCACUGAGGGAAGAGCUGUCAUCCUCUGCCAUUGAUUCAUCCCUGAUCUUUAAUAUUUAAUUUGGCUACUCCAUGUUUAACGAAGGGGAUGAGAUAAUCCCUUGGAUGGUAAGGAUCCAGCACUGGCAGAACCUUGUCCAUAUCUUUGGGCAGCUGCUGCAGUGUGUUGGGAUUACAGAGCUGUUAAAUGUUUUGAUUAAAAUUUUUAAUUUAAGGCAGAAAUUGAAAUGAGAAUCUGGCAGCAGCAUUUUCAGAAAGAGUAUUUAUCUUCUUUUAUUCUGGCUGUGAAAAAGUCUCAGGAAAUGGGCAAGGGAUGGAACUCAAACAGCAGCAGUAACCACAGCAACGGGUACAGAGAGUCUGUGACUUAAUCCUGCCAGCAUUCCUUGAAAAAUUAGGCAGCCAGAGGUUUUGUUGCUUUAGACUUGGAAAAUUAAAGUUCCAGGCUGUGUUUUCUUUCAGCAGUGCAGCAGGAACUUGUUCAGCUGUGGCAUAAAUCAAACACCUCACUAAAGCAGGAAUUCUGCUGUUGUAGGGCCAGUGAGGAGAGAAGCAGUGGCAGGAAAAGUUGUUUUUAUUUCAGCACAGUGGGGUUGAUGUGUCCAGGGAAAGGGCCAAGGAGUGAGAGGAUGGAGGUGCUGGGAAAUCUACUGCUGCUUCCCAAAAUACAUGAAGGUUGUAUUUGAGUACAGAAAUACUUCUUUAGAGAAGAAAUUCCUCCCUGUGAGGAUGGGGAGGCCCUGGGUUAGGAGCUGUGGCUGCCCCUGGAUCCCUGGAAGUGUCCAAGGCCAGGUUGGAUCAACCUGGGGUGGCCCUGGAUGAUCCUUAAUGACCAUUCCAUGAGAGCAGGAGGAGAGGGAAGAAAAAUGAGGAGAGGAGUCUUCACAGCUCUGCUGAAUUCUUGAAGUGCAGUUCCUGGGGCAGCUUCUGCUUGGCUUGGCUUGGAGCUGCUGGGGGACAGUGGGGAUGGGCAGGUCUGGGGACAGCAGCUCCCCUGAUUUUUGCUGUCUUGCAGGGGCUGAGGCACCAUGGAGCAGUACACAGCCAACAGCAGCAGCUCCACGGAGCAGAUCGUGGUGCAGGCGGGGCAGAUCCAGCAGCAGCAGCAGGGAGGUGUCACAGCUGUCCAGCUGCAGACUGAGGCCCAGGUGGCAUCGGCCUCAGGCCAGCAAGUCCAGACCCUCCAGGUGCAGGGGCAGCCGCUGAUGGUGCAGGUGAGCGGGGGGCAGCUCAUCACCUCCACGGGCCAGCCCAUCAUGGUGCAGGCCGUGCCCGGGGGCCAGGGCCAGACCAUCAUGCAGGUGCCCGUGUCCGGCACGCAGGGGCUGCAGCAGAUUCAGUUGGUCCAGCCAGGUCAGAUUCAGAUUCAAGGUGGGCAGGCUGUGCAGGUACAGGGGCAGCAGGGCCAGACCCAGCAGAUCAUUAUACAGCAGCCCCAGACUGCAGUUACUGCUGGCCAGACACAGACCCAGCAGCAGAUAGCAGUGCAAGGCCAGCAGGUUGCCCAGGCUGCUGAGGGCCAGACCAUCGUGUACCAACCUGUGAAUGCUGAUGGCACCAUCCUGCAGCAAGUUACAGUCCCUGUUACAGGCAUGAUCACCAUUCCUGCAGCCAGCCUGGCUGGAGCCCAGAUUGUCCAAACAGGAGCCAACACCAACACUACCAGCAGUGGCCAGGGGACGGUGACAGUGACACUGCCAGUGGCUGGGAACGUGGUCAAUUCAGGGGGAAUGGUCAUGAUGGUGCCUGGGGCUGGCUCAGUCCCAGCCAUCCAGAGGAUCCCUUUGCCUGGAGCAGAGAUGCUGGAGGAGGAGCCCCUUUAUGUCAAUGCCAAGCAGUACCACCGCAUCCUGAAGAGGAGGCAGGCACGGGCCAAGCUGGAGGCAGAGGGAAAAAUCCCCAAAGAGAGAAGGAAAUACCUGCACGAGUCCCGGCACCGGCACGCCAUGGCCAGGAAACGGGGAGAGGGGGGUCGCUUCUUCUCCCCCAAGGAAAAGGACAGCCCUCACAUGCAGGAUCCAACUCAAAGCAACGAAGAAGCAAUGACACAGAUGAUCAGGGUCUCCUAACCCCUGCUUCCAGGGAAAAACACCUGAAGGGAAUUCCCGUCCCUCCUGCCAGCCUGUCCUGCCUGCCCAGAGUGUCCAGUGAAUCCUGGAGUGGGACAAUCUCCAUGUCACAGCCUGUCCUUUCCACAGAGCAAGCACCAGGUGUUGAGGACAUGCUUGAGGUUUCAACUCUACAAACAGAACCUUUCAGGCUUCCUUGGUGCCCUCUCCUGAUCCAGCACAGGGAAUUCGGAGUCUGAGCGCUCGUCUUUGGUUUUCCUUCAUCUUCCCACCUCAGUCCCUGUCCAGGGACAGAUUCCAGCUCCUCCAGCCAGCACUGGAUGGGUUUCAGUGCUGGCAAACCCACAGGGCUGGGUUUGCCCAGCAGAGAUUUGUUAUUCCAUCCACUCCUCGCCCCUUUGGACUCGGUUUUCCCUGAGCUGGGCCCUGCACCUGUGACCCUGGCAGAAACUGAAGGGGAUUCUUUUCAAUUCCACCUUGUACAUGUGUGAAGAAGCUCUUCUCUGGGAAACGUUCAGCCAUCCAAUCAAUGCUAGAAAUAGUCAAGAUUACUGCAGGACUUGAUGUGUUGUGUCUCUGUUGCAAGUGGGGUGGGAGAGGGAGAUGUGGGGGGGAUUGGGUCAGUAAAUCAGUUUCUGGGUGGCUUUGGAUGUUCAUUGCCAGUAUUUGUUGCUUUGGAAGAAAACUGGAUGCGAGUAUAGAAAGGAUUGAAACUUUUCAGUGAGUCUCUUCCAAAGGAUUUUCUUUUUUUUUUUUUUUAAAUCUUUUUCACCUGCCAGUGAAGUCCAUGGUUCCUCCAAGAGACCCUCAGUGUCACAGUGGAACCCUCAGUGUCACCGUGGUGGCACUUGGCCAUGGUUGGGGUGGAGUUUCUGAUGCCUAAAUCAUUUCUACAAUUCCAGAGUGAGGGAUGAUUCAGGACAGCAGCAGCUGGGGCAGCUCAGCCCCAGGUACCUGAAGGACUCAGCAGAUACUGAUGAACCUUCCAUGCUUUUUGUAAAUUAAGUUCUUAAAAACAAAACAAAAGUGGCACUUAGUGAAGGAGCAAUACUUAGAUUAUAAAAAAACAGGAUUUUUCCAUUACCUUUUCCAGCUGGCUUUGGGCUGAGCAUCUCCACAGAACAGAGUUUUAAUUUAGAUUCUAAGCUUGUUCUAUUAUAAUUUGAAUUUUGGUGAUGGGAGCACUAGUUAAAAGCAUUUAAUAGGUGAUUUCUCACCACUGCACUCCUGUCCCCUCUCACCUUGAGUUGCACAGCUGCUCUGGGGAUCAUCUGCCUGCUGGAGUCCCAGAAUUUCCAGGUUUUGUGUCCUGUAGUUCAGGCUGGAUCACAGCAGUGAAGUUUGGGGUUGGGAAUGUUGCUUGGUGAACGUGCACCUGGCCAGGUGAAGCUGAAGAAUGAAGAGUUUUUGAGGAAAUGCUGCCAAGGAUGGGUGAGGCUGGGUUAAAUCCACUGAAUGAUUUAAAGUGACAAGGAAAUGCAGCUUGGAAAUUAUAUUUCCUCCCUCCCAUCUUUUCCCAUUUAUUGGAAGCUAAAGACAAAGUGGAGGAUAAAUCAGCAGGAAGGAAACAAAAGAACAGAGCCUGGAAAAUGCUGUUUCCUUUGUAUGAAAGGAAAAUACUCAACCUGAGAGUAUCAGAGGGAGGAGAAAUGUUGGAUCCUCUUUGUGAGCUCCUUGUUUUUGCUCUUCAGUUGAUGGUAAAUCUGUCCUGAAACACCUUUUUGAGAGCUGGAAGUUCAAGAAGCAAAAUUAUUGCUCUGACAUAGAUUUUGUUUCUUUUUUUUUUUUAAACAAGUAAUUACUUUGUAAACUUUUUCCCAAUAUCCUUUCAUAUCUAGGUUCUCUGAUCUGCUGUUGUAGGUUGUGUGUGAAGAAAUAAUGGAUUUGUGUUCUAGGAAGUCUUAUUGUUAAUAUUUUAAAUAGUGAUGUGAAAGCCCGAGUGCUCCUAUCAUUUUUUUAUGUUUUGUGUUCUGUGUAUCACUGCUGAAAGUUGUGUUUAUUUGGUGAGGUUGGAGCCAGCAGUCAGCACCACGGUACCAAAAAUAUCUCCUUUCUUUUCUAGGCACAUCUAUUAAAAUUGGAGACAUGUCCAGUUCAAACCUCCCUAGUAAUUAAAUUGGAAUUCUUUGUAGAUUGGCUACACUUGAGCAAAAACUUCACUUUAGGAGUGAGUUAAGAGUGGGUGAGGAUGAAAGAAGAGGUUUGGGAAGAAAUGUGUUUGAUUGACCCAGAGCAGUGAAGCACCAAACCCAUCAAAACCCAGAUUUGUAGGAGUGUAAAGAUCAGGAUUUGGGAAAAAAUGGUCCUCAAGUGAUGCUCAAUGGCUUUAAGGCCCUGCAUGUUAAAAAGAGGGAGAAAAAUAAACUUUUCUUUGUGAAGGGGCGUGGGAGGGUCCUGAGCUUAACAUAAUGUCAGGCAAAGUUUGUACAUAGUUCAAAGUUUUUAAUUUUUUUUAUAUGAUGCAUUUUUUCAAGUGUAUUUUGGUCUUUAAUAGAUGCAAUUGUAAGUACUGUGUACACUCUCCAGCUAAUAAAAUUUAUAAACUGA